AUGGCAUUUCGAAUUCAUUUACGUUUCAUAUAUAUUACAAUAUUUCUAUUAUCGUUGUAUAACAUCGAUGCAUUGAAAUUAGCUAAAAGACCCAAAUUAACAUCACCAAUGUUGGGUUUUUCAUGGGAAAAUUGUGGUCCCAGUUCUGAUCCAAUUCAAGUAAAAUCACUUGCUAUUGGUCCAGAUCCUAUUGAAAUACCAGGAAACAUGACUCUUGCUCUUUCUGUUGAUAUUGCAUCUAAAUUACCAACAGAUAUUUAUAUAGUAGUGAUCAUGGAAAGAAAAGUUGGAGGCUUUUAUGUAAAAAUACCAUGUAUUGAUAAUGUUGGUUCAUGCAAUUAUGGUAAUAUUUGUGAAGAUUGGGCUAAAGUAUGUCCACAAUAUUUUGAAAAAUAUGGUAUUCCAUGUGAGUGUCCAAUACCUGCUAACACCUAUUCAAUACCUGAUACAACCGUAGAAAUAAAAUCAUCAUUACCAUCUGAAUUAUCUGGUACAUUUCGAAUAACUGCUGAUAUUCGUUCAAGUGAAGGUCAUCUUGGUUGUAUUCAAGCUCAAGUUGACCUUAAAACAUAA